UGUUUACAUAUUAGUCACUCUGUGGUCGUUUGCUUGCUCGCGUCUUCUUCAAUAAUAAAAUAAAAAAUGCAGUUUUUGCUAUAAUAAUUCUAGGGUAUUUUUAUAAAUAUUCUGUUGUAUACAAAUAAUGUUGGUGGAAAAGUUAAGUGUGAGUGAUGUCGUUAAAAUAUUACAGAUUUGGGAUAAGGAUGAGUUUGUUGAUUUUGUGAAGGAAAAAAAUGUGGAUGGGAGAAAAUUGUUGGAAAUCACAGAGGGGAUGGUAAAGCUAUGGCGUCCAAAAGCCAAUGCCAAGAAUUUUAUGUCAUUCAUUGAGAAUGUCAAAAAAGAUCCGAAUAAAUAUACAAAAUGUCUAACAAAUGAGGAUAUUAUAAUCAAAGAGACCAAUCUACGUAGCGACAGCCAGUAUCAAACAGUGAGCGUAAGGAAGUUAAGUCAGCAAGAAGCGAGUAAUUUCACUAGCGUUGAGGAUAUUUUAAAAAGGAUUGUAGCACCAAAGAGUUUUUUGUACAGGAACAAAAGGGAAAAAACGACCUCCUAUGUGCCAAUGGAUGGCACGAAGAAGACAAAGAAAUUCUUUAGACUCAGUUCAUAUGAUUAUCCAAUCUUCGAUCUUAAAUCGCGCUUCACGAAGGUCGAAAAUUGCGAUCGAGGCUACUAUUCGGUUAAGACGAAUAACUCUGCGCAGAAAAAUAAAAAGCUAGAUUCGAGAUCUAAAUACAAGUCCUUGCCUACACCAGAAGAGAUGAACGAGAAAUUUUCAGACGAUCAUUUGUAUGAAGAUUUAUGUUACAACCAAGUGGAGCCAGAUAAAACAACAACUAAUCAAACGGUCAAACCGUGUAUGGUGAAAAUUCAGGAAUUAUUUCAAUCGUUCAAAUUCCCCUUUUUUAAAAAGGCUGAUGAGGUUGAUAAUAUUGAAAAGGACAAAAAGAUUGAAAGCGAUAUUAACAUUUAUGAGAAUAGUGAUACUAUGACAGACAUGUAUGAUUCGGUACACGUACAAAAGGAAGUUUGUACCAAAAAUCAGGCGAACCUUGCAGUUGAAGAUUAUUUAGUACCAGUGAGCGUGGAAAAAGACUAUUGUGAUGUUUGCUUGAAGCAGAGAGAAGAAUCGCUACUGGGUUUCAUCAUGAACUACUUGGAGACGCGGUUUGGUAGACGAGAAACGAGCGACGUGGCGCAGUCAGACGAGUCGGAAGUGGAGCCAUCUUGUGACGAGUCAAAAUGGGAACGAAAACCCAACAUGGCGUCGCGGCCGCUUCCUGUGCCAGUGGAAAACGAGUCGUUUUACAUGAAUAUUGAUAGACAGGAGGCUGAGAAUUUAUUGCUGGGCCAACCGGAUGGGACGUUUAUUUUACGGCCAUCGAGUCAGCCAAACCAUGCAUAUACGCUAAGCGUAGCCUGCAAUAACGCAGUUCAUAACGUUGGAGUUAGAAGGCGUCCGGAUGGUCGGUUGGCCCUCGGCUUCGCUCGCCGCGGUGAGAGGAGUUUCGCAACUGUUGCCUCGUUGCUGCAACACCACAAGAAGCGCCGCUUGUUGCUUGUCGCUGCUGGCGAUUUGAUCGGCGCAACAACACUCAACGAAAGCCCUCAGUAUUACGCGACGCCCAAGAACAUACCGAUCGUUGGCUGUAGAAGUGUUUAAUUUAUUUGUUAUAGCCCGAAAUAAGUAUUGCCGGAUUACAAAGUUAUGAAUGGUAAAUAAUCUGCUAGUUCUUUUAUAAUAAUGGAGUAGCUACUUGAACUGUAAAUUGAAAUAAGUAUGAUGUAUUGCGUGAUGUUAAUUGUCAAUUACAAAACAUGUAUGUUUGUAUAUGUUUGAGAAAUGUGGAAAAGUAGAUUAAAGGGCUUUUGCAAUGAGUCGUUGAUCGUGUCAAAACUUGAGUUAAAUCAAUACA